AUUGUUUUGCUGAGCCGGAGAAAAGAGAGAGAGACGACACCGAGAAAAGGAGAGAAUUGUGGAAUCCCGAAAUCCCCGUCCUGACCUGAGGCGCAAUUUAUCCCAGCAAGGACAUGGCCAGCAGCAAGGAGUUGUGCUCCAUCCGGGAGUGGGCGCCGCUGACGGAGAUAAUCGAGCAAAUUCCGGCACGGCUGCAACGCGGUUUCUUUCCGGCCAAUCUCAACCUGACCUGUGUGGACGCCACCGAGGAGUUCCUGGCCAUGGGCAGUGACGCGGGCAUCGUGUUCUGGUACAACCGCCACACGGGCGAGAUGCAGAAGCUCAAGGCGGAGGCGGCUACUCGAAUAACUUGCGUGCGGGUUGUCAACUCCGUGGAGUACAUGGUAGCGGCUGGAUGCGCCAACGGGCAGGUGAGCAUCUUCCAAAUACAGAAGGAGCUACCUAGAGACUUGGACCUGGUGGCUCCCUGCACCCGGAGCCGGCCCAUCGAGCGCUACACCAUCCGGGAUCUGCACAAGUGCGUGGUCAGCUGCUGCGAGUGGUCCAAGAACGGGAUGAAGCUCUACUCGGGCGAUCGCCAAGGCGUGGUGGUGCUCACGGAGUUCGACUACCAGGCGCACCUCAGCAAGUCCGUGGAGAUCCUGAGCGAGGCCUACGAGAUAGUGCAGCUCAGUGUGAAGCAGAGCCUCCUCCUAGUGGCCACGCUCUACCGCUGCAUCGUAUGCCAGCUCGACGUACACACCUCGGAGUGGAGCAUCACCCAGGUGGGCAAGAAGGAUCGUAAGCAGCUCAUCGAUUGCGGCGCAGUCUUUCUCAAGAAACAGACCGAAAACCAGGCACAGCUCGUCUGCGGGCGACCUGGACUGCGCUUCUGGGUGGCCGAUGCCGCGGGCAAUGUGUCCAAGACCGUGCUUUUCAGAGACGCUGUGAUGCGCAGCCCCACCUGGGAGAUACCCAUACUGAACCCCAAACCGCGCAGUGAGCCGUCCAGCAGUCAGCAUGCGGCUGCAGCUUCCACUUCUACUAGGCAACCUGGAACGGAGGAUGGCUACGUGGCCAGUAGCAACUUUCGGCAGCUGUACCUGUACGAUGGCCACGAUUCCUUGUUGGUUACCCACGACGAUGCCACCCUGUAUAUACUUAACUUGGAUAAACUCAAAGUGGAAGCCGUGGCGCGUGGAUUCCGAAAGAUCCUUGACUUCUGCGUCUGUGGCAAAGAGAUCUUCGUACUUGAGGGCGAUCGUACUUUGCUGCGCCUGGCUCCUUUGCCCGAGCCACCCAAUAAGACGGUCAAGGUCAUAUUCAAUCCGCUGAUGCCGCCUCCAGUUCCCGUCUUGGGAUCUUCGCACUAUUCACAGCUGGAGUCGCCGGUGGAGCCCCUUGCGGAUCCAGUUCUGCAGAAUGCGGAGGAGUGUUUCGAGCAGUCGCCGGUGGAGGAUCUGGAUCUUAAUGUGCCCAUUGAAAUGGCGGUGGAGUCACCUUUGGUUCAGCAGAACCGCCGCUUGGAAAUCUUCCGUCGCAUUGGCCAGAUGGACUUUGAGCAGUCCAUCGUCCACUGCAGCCGAAAGACUGCUGUGGGUAAAUCGCCUGAAGCCAGUGGUUCGGGUAUUGUUGAGAUUGGCCAUGAGACCCAUGAACUACGGUUACCGCUUACCAAUGCCGCGACCCUAAUGGAGGCCAGCUACUGUCAGUUAGAAAACAAUGGCCUUGCUUCGCCGCUGGACAUGAAGGCAGCCUUCCUGGCGCACCUGCCCGAUGCCCUAAGUCCCAACACUUUGCAGAAGACCGUUGCGGAAAAAGCAAAAUCGCUGGCUGCCGAGUUGGACAUUCCGGAGGUGCAUCUGUCCCCAUUGUCCGAGGAGGAGCUUCGUGCUGCCCAGGUGCAGGCUCCCCAACUAAGCGAAUCACUAAUCAGGUGCUAUCCUACGCACCUGGAAGAGGCCAGUGUUCAAACGACUUCCCGGCAAAGUCCACUUAACACAGAGGAUGAUUAUAAUGCAGGUCAACCCGUGGAUGGGAUUAGGGCCGUAGCUCCCUCAAAGCCCAAAAUGGCUCCGCUAAAGUUUGUCAUGAGCCAGCCGAAGCCGAAACUGUCGCUGAAAGUGGAAAAGGAGGAGGAGGAGUACACCAGCUUCCUCCCUGACUUUCGGCGAGCUGGCGAUCCUCUGCGCAAGGAAACACCGGCCACCAGUGACUCAAACAACUCCAGCGAGUGGGAGUUCUUGGACAACUAGUUCAGUAUUAGAAUAAGUGCAUACUCAUUCGCUUUCCCUUUGAUUUCGUGCACUUUCUUUUUUGUUUGUCUGUGUUUUGUUCGAAAAAGUGUUGUGCUUAUCAGAUUGUGAUCACCGUGAUUUACAUACUAUUUUUAGUGAAAUUUACAUAAUUGUACAUAAUGUUAGACGUACGCAAGGUAUUUCCUGACCCCAAACGAAUAUGAAUUUUGAAGUUCAAAAGCACCCAAACCAUUCCUUAAAAGAUCCAAAAAUUCUAGCGUAGAUAGCACCUUAGCAUCAGAGUGAAAUUGUACCAUUUAUUUAACAUCAUUGUAUACUAAGUUCUUUAAGAUAUUCCAAUGCUUUAAGUAUUUGCUACUUAAGUUCAAGGUCGCUUUACAUACACAAAAUACAUUUAUUUUAUACAA